UCGCAUGGCAUAUCGAAGGGACCAACUUGAAGUGUGGUUCGGUCGCAGUCCUUGCCGCCGCCGCGGCCUACUCCCCGUCCAACGUUUCCUCCUUGGAGCCGCCGUCAUCCUUGKCGUGCGGWGAAGGUAGCGGCUGUGGCACUCGGGGAAUUGCAUGGAUGCUGGAAGACGAUGAUCAUAUGCAUCAGUACUCUCGACGUCAUCCCUGGGCUGAUGAGCAGUACGUGCAUCCCUACGGCCAUMGCCGUCGUCRUCAUCCUCGCCAUCUUCUGYGGGAGCAUCGGCAUCASUGUCAGCAUCGUCGUCAUCGUCGCUGCUGGCGGAGGCAACUCGAGGCUAGUGACGCAAGUCGUAACCUACGAUUUGAAAUCCUUGACGAGGAUCUGUUGACGUUACGCGAAAGUCCGAUCCGCAAUUACCAGCCGGAGUGGAACGCAAGUGAGGUGAGCUGGUCGGACGUGUGGUCCCUCUCGUUCUCACCUGCGGACCGGUCGUUGUUCUUCCUCAUGAGCGAUCGGUUAUGGAGGGUCAAAACGGCGGAGCCAAUGGGAAGCGGCGGGRGUAAUGUGUYGSUUGUGAGAGGGCCCUGGCGACCACCAGGCCGUGGAGGCUUUUGUCGAGCGUUUGCAUUGAUCCCUGAUGGAGUGUCACGGGCAAAGACCAAUUCGCUGAACCGCAUCGCGAUAGUAGCKGACGACKUCAACCKCUCUUUGAGAGCGUACAACGUGGACAACGGUUCUGUUCCUCCUCCGCUCUCGGUUCAAGAUUAUGCCAAGGUUACCCUAGAGGAAGAAAUCCUCAGUUUGGCUUGGGACGCGAACCGUCGCGUCUUGUACGCAUCGUCAUCGAGUGCACUCUACCGAAUGAACCUUUCGGUCAGCGAUGGACGGAAUGUCGAGCUGGAGAGGUGGAUAGGUCCAGAUUKKARSCCCAGUUCCCCUGAWCUCCGGGAYAGCAGCGAGGAUCCUMGCUCCGUGAGAUUCAAUCGUCCCUACGUGAGCUCGUCCGCCAUAUCCGCGGACGGCGAGCUCUUGUACGUGGCAGAUUGGGGGAAUUCGGUGAUAAGACGGGUGAAAACAGCCAGUCGAGCUGUGGAGACGAUCGCUGGCAGGGGCACAGGUGCUGGUGCAGAGUUUGAGAAGCCCGUGGGGCUGGCUUUAAYGUCGGACGGUUGUCAUCUAUUUGUGUCAGAGUAUGACGGAGGACGGCUGCAGGUGCUCACAUUCCAGUAUAGUGGUGGGCCAGCUAUCAGCUGUCGCACUGUGGCCAGGUCAAGKCGUACGGACGGARWUGCCGGUUAUUUGCUGCUGGGAAUGGCGAUCUUGCCGGAUGACGAGGUGCUGUACGUAGGAAGAGCGUUUUUCGAUAUUUUGGAGCUUGGCGUCAAUAAAUCGGCUCUCCCUCCUUGCGGCAUCUCGGCCAAGCCUACUACACCUCGUCGUCCUUCGGCAGGAGUCGUCAUCGGGGUUGUGGCGUCUUCCCUUGCCGUUCUAGCUGCUGUUGCUGCCACCAUCGCGGAGAGCAGGUGGCACUGCUUGCGAUCCCGGUUCAAGCAAGGGGGACGACGAGACAGCGGACGGGGAUCCAGACGGGAAGAUGACCUGGRGGGUUCUUYGMUGUGGUCGUCCUCUGCGUGGACCACGUGGAGCCAGGAGAAACGGGAGCAGCAGAAGUCGGCAGCAAAUGACGGAGCCGUGAUUCAACUGAGACGGCCUUCCCUGGUGAAAGGGUACGCGUUCGAGGAGAUCAGGGAAGCUUGCGAUGGCUUCAGUGCGGCGCGAUUGGUGGGGAGGGGGGGGGCGGCKGASGUGUACAAGGGACAGCUCAGCAAYGGGCAAGUGGUGGCGGUCAAAGUGAUGAAGGACAAUUUCUCGAAGGCGAUGUUUCGGCAGUUCCAAGCGGAGCUGGACGUUCUAGGCACACUUCGUCACAGCCACCUGUGCAGCAUCAUCGGCUUCUGUGAAGAGGGAGGGAAGUCGUUGAUCAUCUACUUCCCGUUCGCGGAGGGAGGGACGCUGUACGAACAGYUGSACUUCCCUCCGACUGUCUCUACGGCCGCCGCCAAGCGUGGCCUUGGCCAAGAGGAAGAGGAAGACAGAUCUGRCMACCAUCCGGUGGMAACGCGUGGGACACAACGGGAGGGAGAUAGGAUYGGCAACAGCAGCAGCUCCAGCUCCGGCCGUACAGGGCAGCGAGCACCGCUCAGCUGGCAAGAUAGAGUCUCCAUUGCCSAGCAGAUCGCUAGAGCACUGCGCUAUCUUCACGAAGAGGUAGACCCGCCGGUGAUUCACAGAGACGUCAAGAGCAAGAACGUGCUGCUGGGAGGUGGACCAACAGGGGGAGGUGGGGGGGAAAGGGAGGGCGAUGGGGGAGGAGGCAKGARGACAGGAGUGAGGGCUUAUCUGUCUGACUUCGGUCUGGCGAAGGUGGGGCGAAGCGUUUUUGGUCAGUUGCCAGCAGGCGAGACCGUGGAGACGUACAACGUGGCAGGGACACUGGGAUACAUAGCGCCCGAGUACUACACCUCAGUCCGACUUACGACCAAGAAUGAUGUUUACUCUUUCGGGGUGGUGCUGCUGGAACUCGUAACGGGUAGAAAACCAUUCGGUCGGUCACCGCCUAUUGCUGGCAGCGAGACUAGGGAGGAGAUGGAGAAGGAGGAGGGGGACGUAAGUCUGGCGUCCUGGGCGACCAGAGUACUUGGUGACUCUGUACCCCUCAUCACCGACGGGGAAGGACAAGCCGAGUCGCAAAAAGCAGUAAUGCCAGCACUCAAAACCGAGAUAAACACUGGGGAAAGGUUUAUGGAUCGUAUUCGGCAGAUUGCAGAUCCGGGGCUCCACUGGGCAGACAGAAAUGUGGACUGGAUUGCUGUAUGCGGCAUGGCAGAGAUCGCCAUGGCCUGCAUCUCGCGCAGUCCGGAGCAGAGGCCGCGGAUGAGUCUCGUCAUAGAAAGGCUAACUCGUCUGACUGGAUGACGACGGCAGAUCUGGACGGUGAUGAUGAAAUUCCCGGGACGCAUCUAGGGACCCAAUUGAUCCGGCAACGUUGAUGGCCCACGUCGUUACAGGUUGACAGGGCUUGGAAGUGCCCGGCCAUUGGAAAAAUCAACCUGGCAUAGAGAUCUGGGGAUGCUUUGGGGCGGGCAUCCUAAGGCUUGGACCCCACUGGCCGGAGGCUGGAAAAGGCACUUGGCCGCGAAAAGCUGCCCAACGUCGGUGGAAAGGAAUUGGGACAACAGUCGAGAUGAGAUACCGACAACACCAAGAACAGCCAUCAGGGGCUGAGGACACAGAAGCAGCUGCUCGGUAUUUGGCAUUAUGCUAGGUUAGAUUGGCUCAAUUUCGUCUAUAACUUUGUUUUUAAGCAGAAUUUUUUAGGUUAUAACCGUGUCUCACAGGGUAUAAUAAUCGCUUGCUGAUGUCAGGGUGUUUACAUUACCAGUAUUUCGUGGCUAGAUUCACUAAGGAAGAUUUCUGCGGAAAGAUGAAAUCCGUAGUUUUCUAGGCUGGCACAGACUCUGUCUGUCAUCCACGGACCCGUAGUUUUCUAGGUAGGCUUAAACUAUGCUUGACGUUCUGCCUUUUGUAUGUAGGGCACCACCAUUCCUUGAUUUACGUUGUUGUACGCUGUUGUCUCCCCGAAAUUCGUACCACAUCUGUUCCGGUGCGGACGCUGCCCUUAGUGUUUCGUUUUUAGAAAACACGUAUUAUUGAAGUACUUUAGGACUGAGAGGGAGGGAUAAUUGUCAUCUCCGAGGUACGGGAGUAAAUUUGUAAUUUUCUUCUCUCGUUUGUAUUAGGUAUUCUUGCCUUUUGAUAAGUUGGUUUUCUUUAUAGUCAUUAUAAGAAUAGCCAGUACGAAGGAGCAAGGGGAACACCAAUGGUAGGAUGAUACGAGAGACCCGGUGAAGAGCAACCUAGAGUUGUAUCCACUGGGUGCGUGGUGGGAAACCCGUCUUGGCAACAAAGGCUCUUUACAGGGUUCCGGAUAGUGAGGAUGUCAUUGAGAGGGUAUCCCUACAGAUUAUUCGUCUAUCGACAGCGGCACUGCGGGGGCAGUGUGAGUGCCAUCGUCAGUGGUGGGAGCGUUAGUCGAAUGUAGUUAUUACAAGAGUAGGUAGCACGAGGGAGCAGUGGGAACUUUAAUGGUUGGACGAAAUGAGAGACCCGGUGAAGAGCAAACUAGAGUUUUAUCCAUUGGUGAUGAUGGGGCUGCAUCUGGAAGGCCCCAAGAGGGGUCGCGCUGCACCAACAAGACUCCUUCUCUGCCUUCUCCUUUUCUUGCCCUUGCCUAACCAGUCACCUCGACCUAUUUGCAAAGUUUGCAUGCAUCACGGUGCAUGCAGUCUUCCUUCUUGUCAGAUCUGCUUUGGAAGUUUGGAAGAAGGAGGUGGUAACUCUCCCAAUGGCAUGGGGAAAUCUGAAAUACUGCGAUUGCCCUGUCACAGAGUUGUGGCUCAUCAUCGUCAUGACAUCAUGCAGGCUGGACAGUCGUGUGGAGACCGCCCAUCAUCACCCAGCUCCUCCUUUUCUUCUGUAUGCCAAUUAUCUGCUGCCUCCUCUGUUCAUCUCAGCUACUCAAUGUUAUGCAGUCAUUUACCCUCCACUGACCCCAUUAGUAGUAGCAGCAAGAGAAGUGCAAUACCCGCUCAUAUAUGCCUAUGUCGAUGGCCAAGGGGACCACCCGCAGGCCACAAAAUUGGCCUCAGGCCCGGCGCCGACCGAGGGGCACAGAACCCCUGAAACGUGGGUUCAAAGGCCCUGUGCCCGACAGUUGACCAAAGUCAACUGUCUGUCAGGAUAUUGAGGCCCACGACUCAAAGUCUUCACGGACCCAGCCCAGGCCGCUGGUCAAACACACACACUUGAUGGUAUGCAGGUAUCCAGACAACAUUGGGUCCAAGUGGAAGUCUGUAACUGUACGAGAUUCAGGCCGUCGGCUGUGAGUCAAUCUGAGCCUCCGUGGGUGAGGGACCAAAGGCAGGUCAACCUCAUCAACACUACUUAUUGGCCCUGCCCUGGGAGUCAACAUUCAGUCUAGCUGUGCUGAAUUGACGCUGGCAAGACGCUGGCUGGACGCUGGCAAGACGCUGGCUCUGCGCUAGCAUUGUGCGACAAUGACGCGAGACUGCUGUAUCCGCGUGCUGGCGCCUUCCUGCUUUUGGUGCCAGCUGUCUUCAUGCUUGCUGGCGUAGGGUAUGCCACGCUGUCUUCUUGAUUGCUGAUGUGGCACUGGCCACGCUGUCUUCGACAUUGCUGCCGUGGCACAUGCCACACUGUCUUCAACACUGAUUGGGAUGCAACAAGGAGGGAGAUCGGGAUCUGUGGAUUGAUUGAGUGAGAGAGAGAGAAGAGACUUACCUGGUGCUGAAGUCGACAUUGCGCGCUGCUGUGAUGUCUAUAUGGGAGAACUGUGCCUACGUGGCACUUUGAUGUGAUCAGAUCUCGUCAGGCUCGUUUUGGGACACUGUUUGCUGACGUGGAGGAGAGGUGGAACCCGAAGAGAAGUGGGAACACAGGGGGUUUUCUAUCUACGUGGACAUUGAUGGAUACUUACUCUUCCACUUCUAAGUCUAUCCUCCCCCUCUCCUCCUUCGUCCUUGGCUACGAGACAUUGUAUUUCAGAUCACAUUUCACAAU